CAAUUGCAACUCACUCACUCCUUCCCCCUCAAACAUCUUGAGCGCAACACCACAACCAGUGCCCGACCACGACGAACCACGACGCCCCGCAAUCACGUCACAAUACUGCAGCAGUGCAAUGGCUACACCGAUUCCAGUCCAGAUCCUGGAUGGAGGGCUGGGGACCACUCUGGAAGACUUACACGACAUCACCUUCUCAUUCGAAACUCCGCUCUGGUCAUCGCAUCUCCUUGUUUCCGGUGAAGAGGACAAGCUGUUGGAUUGUCACGAGGCCUUCAAAAAGGCAGGAGCGAACAUCAUUUCUACCGCGACGUACCAAGCAUCAAUCAACGGGUUUGCUGCAACCAAAUGCUCUUCCAACCAAGUGGACGGCAUCGAUAAGGAAGGAAUCCCUCGCUUCCUGAAUCGUGCAGUCGUCCUUGCCGCAAAUGCAGCGGGGAGGGAGGGCAAUGUUGCCUUGUCUCUCGGCCCUUAUGGAGCCACCAUGAUUCCAUCGACCGAAUACAGCGGCAAGUACGACCCUGAACACCAAGACGUGCGGUCCCUGGAAAAAUGGCACAAGGAGCGGCUGGAUCUGUUCAAAGACGUCGACACCAAGCAAGUCAACUACAUUGCCUUCGAAACGGUUCCCAGGCUUGACGAGAUUGUUGCCAUCAGAAAUCUGCUCUCGGUCGACAAGAUCCCAACAUCCCUUCGCGAACGCCCCGUAUGGAUUUCACCUCUCUAUCCAAACGAUGACGAGAAGCUCCCGGACGGCAGCACGGUAGAGGAGGUCGUCAAAGCCGUCCUCAUACACAAGGAAGGCUUGGAGACUCCCUGGGGAAUUGGUAUCAACUGUACCAAGGUGGAAAAGCUCGACUCCUUGGUCAAACGAUAUGAAGAUGCGAUCCAGACCUGCAUCGACAACGGAGAGCCGAUGGACUGGCCAAGCUUGGUGCUCUAUCCAGACGGAGCAAACGGUGAGGUCUACAACACGGCCAGCAAGACUUGGGAGUUGCCUCCUGGGCACAAACAGCCAGAGGCCCCUUGGGAAGCAACCCUAGCCAAUGUUGUCGAAGCCGCACGUCAAAGAGGAAAAUGGAAGUCCAUCAUUGUGGGAGGUUGCUGCAAGGCGUCCCCCGAACACAUUCGAAAGCUUCGAAAAACCCUGCAAGAUUGCGGCUACAUGCCUACAACUUCAGCAGCGUAGCAGUAUGGAUCGCCUGUUAUCCAUCUUCAGCAUUUCUAUAUACCACUCAAGAACGACUGCACCCAUUGCAAAUUACAUCUCCAACAUCUAUUACAAGACGGUCUCUG